AUGUCUACCGUCAAGCCUCCUGUCACUAAACCUUUCCUUCCAGCACUUGGUAUGGGGCCUCGUCCCUCCCGAACGUCGUCGAAACCUGGUGUUCCUCCAACACCGGCAACAUCAACCACCAAGCUGCACCACCCUACCCCUCGCUCAACUAUGGGGAACCUGUUCUCGACUGCUUCUCGUGCUUCUACUCCCGCAAUAGGACGGAGUUUGUCUAGUAUCUCUGACAUGACAAUGGUCAACAAUGACACUGCUGCUGAUUUCAACCCCCUGCCUCUCAAUAGCUUCAUGAAAAACAACGAACCUCUUGCUAAUCCCCAAAUCCCCCGUCCUCACACUCGCGCUGGUGUUAGAGCGGAUCUUGCGGGCGACACGAACAGCCCUGUUCUCUCGUCUGCCCGCCGCGCCAAGACGCCUGCCCCGUUUCGUCCGAACGAAGAUAAGCGCAUACAUGAACCUCCUGCACACAAUCUGCCUUCCAUUGCUACCGAAAACGUCGUCGAUCCCUCUCUUCUGUCUGUUUCGCAUGAUACUGAAUCUUUUGUCGACCAAAUUAGUAAAACCGGCCCUUCUAACUGGCAGGCUCCUCCCGCUGGUUUUAGCUGGGUAGGGGAAAUGAAAGCACGGGGCCCCAAUCCUCAUCCUGCACCCCCGAGCGCUCCUCCUCCAGGCCCUCCUCCCUCGCUUCGCCCCCCUGUUCAAACUCCUGUUUCCAAUCGCUCGCAUGUGCAUGAAGAUAUUGAUAUGACUUUGGUGGAUGACGAAAUACCCGAAGAAUACGUCAUCCCCCUGUCUGAUAAAAUGAACGGUAAACCUACGAUGGAACGCCAAGGGAAGGGGAAGCGUUCUGACGGGCAUAUAUCUGAGAUAAAACGGAAGCGUCGACCUUCCCCUCUAGCGCCACAGCCUCAGACUGCACGCCCAAACGCCGCUAGACUGCCUCUUAGAGAGAUCCAUUCCCAUGGCCGCCCUGUGUACGAUGAGAGAGAGGAGUCAUACUACGAUGAAGUCGAGCAAAUGGUUACUGAGCGGCCUAUGAAGAGGACGAGGCCUGAUAACAGACCUGUCUCACCAUCUGCCAAUGAUUCUACGAACAUCCACCAAUCGUCCCAAUACGAGCAUCUUGAUGAUGCGUACUACCAACUUGAAUCAAUGCUUCCGCCUGUUCCUUCUAUGCACUCUAACCCCUCUGCUCAACAAUAUUCUUCAUAUCAAGACUACCAAGACAGUUACGAGCAUGACCUGCCUUUGCACUCUGAGGGAGAUACGGAGCAGCUGGAGCCGACCCCAUCGACCCCGCCGCCUCCGCCUACCAAGAACAACUACGAUGUACAGGCUUAUCUGAAUCGAAACAUGUACAGGUAUGAAGCGUUACAGCAGAAAUGGAGAGAAUGCACACACGAAGAAUGGGUUGAUGGUGCGAAGGAGCUUGUCGCCCAGUUUGAGAAGACGUUGAGCCUUGUCAAGGACCAUAUGCAGAAGAAGAUCGAGCUGUUCACGAGUCUUCAUCUGGAUCUCGACAAUCAUUGUAAGUUGUUGGACGACCGCGACGAGAGGCUGCGCGGUGCGCAGGAUAACCUGGCUCAGGGGGCUGUAACGGUCGUUGGAAGUCGCACCAACCCGAUCGUGGUGUAG